GCUUUAAAGUCAAUGAGAAAUAGUGCUAUAUAGAAGGCAAUCUCUGAAUGUUUGGCGUCAUAAAUAGUGGAGACUCUUAUAUGUGUUGUAGCUUUAAGGAGAUAUGUGCUUAACAUACCGUUGCUGUGCUCUAGCUUUACGGAAUCGUGUGUUUAACAUACCGUCACUGUGUUCUGAAGGAUCUGUGUUCCCUGUGUGUUUGACAGUGUGUUUGAUUGUUUGUUAUAAUGUCAGUUGAAUCUGUUUGGAUCAAUAUUUGCAAUUCAUUAUCGGCGAUUACUGACUGUUAAGUGUCUCUCGUGUAGAGUCGUUUUACUGCCAACUUCAAUGUUUUUCUUCAUUUUGACCAACACGAUCGUAUCUUCAAUGAAGUCGCAAUAAAAUUUUUUUGAUACACGCUUCAGUAUACUAUCUUACCAAGCAGAACACACUCACACACACAUAAAAUACACACACACACGCACAAACUACACAUACACGCACAUACACACGUGACCGCUGGCAACUGUUUCUUGCUGGUUCUGCAGAUUGUGUCAACCAAACGCUUCAGAACACGAAGAAGAAAAAAAAAAGCAACGUCCUUCCUCCUCCCCUUCUGCGCAUGCCCGGACUCACGUUAUCAGUGACGUCACCCAAUAGCAAAAACGAGGUCCAAAUCGGGAGAGGCAUAAACGCCCCGUAGGUUUAUGGUAUCUUGGCGCGACCGAUCUUUACAACCUGGGAGCCCUAUCUUAUCUGCCGGCUGUAAGUUUCUGUUGACAAAACUGAUAAUUUCAGGAGCAGAAAAGAAGAAAAAAACAACAACAUCGAUUAUAUGAAAACAACAUAAAGCAUUUAUCUGUACAAUAGUCUCUUUUGCUCUCCCUUGGUGAAGUUUAUUUUUGCUUUGGAAGAAGUAAAGGCGCGCUCACACUGUCAUUAGAUGACGUCAUCCAUGUCACAAGGGGAGCAUUGGAAGUCUCGCGCCAUCGCCAGCUCAUCUCCCACGCAUCAUAUCAUCGAGCGCCCCUCUGGCACUCCCAACUCAGCGCAUGGGGCCUCGAUGACGCCCCGGCAUUCACCCUCGGCGCCUCAAAGUGUUAACUCGGCUUCAUCCUCACCAUGCUCCCCUUCGGAAUCCGCCCCUCCCUGUUAUCGGAGGGCGUCCCCUCAUCAAGAGGGCUUGGUCGUGGUCAAAACGGAAGUGAGGGAGACCAAAAGCCCCGCAUCAUCAUCACGUGACCAGGGCGCCACCAUUCAGAGAGUUGUGCAUUCGGAGUACGCUGCUCACCGGAAACACCUAGCCAGCUUCCAUGACUCUGGGAGUAGGUCUGAGUUCCACGACCAGAAACCAAUUCUGAAAGACUCUUACGGUGCGGAUAGAUUUCAUACAGACGAAUUGGGCCCACCUCCUCCGCAAGCCGUGGAGGUGUCCGCUGUGGGUCAGGAUUACAUCAACACAAUAAAUCCUUCUGUAGGCAAUGUCCCAAAAUCUGCGUAUUCUUCAAUUUUUAGGUUUCAACAAGCCACAGACGCUGGCUUAGAAGGAAAAAAUACGCCCCCGUCAUACUCAGAGCUUCAUAGUCACGAUCAACCCAGGCCUUCGCCCACUUCUAAGACUACGCCCCUCUCGUCUCACCUGACUCCAUUAGGAAGUUCCUAUUCGGUCACACAAGGAGGCAACACCCUUUUGAACCACCAGCUGACGCCAUUGGGCCCACCGAACGCCUCGUCAUCUCAAAUACCAGCAUCCUACAGACACCCCGCGCAAUCGAGCCAGUUCGAAUCCUUGCUGCUUCCCCAGGAGGACGUGGAGGUCUUCUUUGAAAGGCUUGACCGCCCUGGAGCUGCCUCAGCGUCGCACGAUGGUGUGCGACAAGCCAUGCCCGUUCAGCAGUACGCCGUAGGCGGUGACUCGGAAGGCACGAGCUACGCCAACUUGUCGAAUUCCUCCCUCGGUGGGGGUCAAUACUACCUGGCACCUAACCAGAUGAGACGCAUUUCUUACUCUACCAGCGGCGGGCACCAGCUGAACUCGUAUCCUUCCCCCCUGUUCACUUCUCAAAGAUCUAACGCCCACACUCCCACGGCUGCUGGAUACAACAACGGUCAUGCCCAGUCCCCGGUACCGUCCAUGUGGGUGUCUCCCAACGAAAGCGUGUAUGCUAACCUCAACCCACCUCUUUCAGACGCCAUGAAGUACGAGUACUCCGGGCAGGAGGGGGCCAGCAGUGUCGUGUCAGUACCAAGGACAGAGUCCGUUCUGACUCUACAGCUGUCUAGGCAAGAUAGUUACGGGGGGCGCCUUUUUAGUGGCGGUGGCGGAACUGGUGGAGGAGGUAUAAGCGAGGCGUACAUAAACCCAGAACUGCCCACAUGGAGUUAUACAGUCAUGCCGGAUCGAAGUCUGAAAGAGGGCACAGAUGAGUACUACGGGGCCGUGGAGGGGCGAGAAUGUGUCAACUGUGGCUCCAUCUCCACACCCCUGUGGCGGAGGGACGCCACGGGCCACUACCUGUGCAACGCAUGCGGCCUGUAUAGCAAGUCGAUCAAUGGCGUGCCGCGCCAGCCAAUGGAGGACGAGAGCUCCGUCACGCCCCCGCUGCAGACCACCCCCACCAGCCCGCCUCCGACGCAGGCAACGCCCCAGCUGGCGAUGCAGCGCAGCUUAGGCGGAAAUGCGUACAAAGGCUCAGAUGACGAGGACAGCAGGGUGAAAAGAAACACAGAUUUGAGUAAAUUCGAAAAGUCGGGUCAACGACGUAUGGGACUCUGCUGCGCCAACUGCAACACGACCACCACCACCCUGUGGAGGAGGAACGGCGAAGGCGAGCCGGUGUGCAACGCUUGUGGACUUUAUUACAAGCUACACCAGGUUAACCGUCCCUUGUCUAUGAAGAAAGAUGGCAUUCAGACUCGAAAAAGAAAACCCAAGUCUUCUGGGAAGUCGAAAGGAGGAUCCAAAGAGCAGCAGCAGCAGCGAAUUCAACAACAGCGCCAGCAGCAGCAGCAACAACAACAGCAGCAACGACAGCAGAACCAACAUCUCCCUCAGCAACAGCAGCACCACGGCGCCUAUUUGGAUUACGGAGCUGCUGUCCAGAUGCAACAACAGCAAAACCACCAUCAUCACCACCACCAACAGCAGCAACAGAGCCAUCUUCAGCAGCAGCAGCAGCACGCGCACCCGUCAAUGAUGACGGGAGGGGAUCACGACGUCAAUCACGUGGUUGGUGACAUCACUUCCUACGCUCAGCCCCAGCAUACGAGAACACAUGACCUUUUGGACCUGACACUGUCACGCUCGCAAAACGGACACGUGACAGAGCUAAAGCCUUUGCCAUCUUACUCAUCCUUGUAUACAUCACAUGGCGGCCAUAGCAACGGAGGGGCGAAUGACUCUAGCAGCCUCGGCAGCCAUACCAGCUCUAUCUGCCAAAGCAACUCAGCAGUCCUGGCCGCGCUGGCCUCCCCUACAGUCUCACACCACGCCACCCUCCUGCCCAUCUCCAGCCUGACCCCUUCAGGGCGCCAGAUCCUCGCCUCAAACUCCAUGGCGCACAUGUCGUCGGCGCACCCGUCGGAGGCGCACCCUUCCGUCAUCGGGCGCACCUUCUCGCUAGACGGUAUCAUUGUGAAGCAGGAACAGGACGCAGUGUACACGCCCUCGCCACCUAAAGCUGUUCCGGUUAUGACGUCGGACGGGUCCAACGAUGAUGACGUCACAAUUCAUGGACUGACCGGAAGUGAGAUUCUCCAACUAAAGUCAAGUACAGUUAGCCUCUAAUACCAGAAUUAUGUACAUAUUUCAUUUUUUUUUGUUUAUACCAAAUUAAGAUAUAUAAAAAAAAUUAUGUAUGUAUUUAUUCAUAAUAAUAUACAUGUUAAAUACAAGGGUCGGCGAAGUGUGGCUCUCGUGUCAAAGAUGGUACGCAGGUAGAGUUUUAAAUAGAAACAGAUAUGACCCAUAUCCUAUAACUAGAAACUAGAACACUCGUAAAACAGAGCCGUGAGAUUUAUAACAAACGAAUAUUCCCAUUUGAUUAGAGCAUUAGUAAAAUCACUUAAUUUUGAGACACUUCAGGACAGAAGACUAAAAAGUAAAAGUAGAAAUAAGACAUAAAACACUAAACCAAUACUUAUAAAUACAAAAAAAACACAACCUAAUGAAAUACUCAGAAGUACUCAAUGGUAAAGGCACACUUCUUAUUCCAUAUGCUAGGACAUAUUCAUACAAAUGCUCAUUCUACCCUAAUGCUGUGUCAAGAGGCCUGUUCAUGAGAUUGUAAAAACUUGGACUUCACACUCUCACUCGUGUAGAUCAUGACAACUUCAUCAUAUUCAACUUACAUUCAAAAUGCUUUUUAAAUUUCCUUCAACUAAGCAGGGCCGGCUCUAGUAUGCUGUAGGUUCUGUUCUGUACAAGCUGCGCCGUGCCAUUGUGUGGUGUAGUUAGAGGCGUAGCUAGGGUGGGGGAGGAGGGGGAGAAUUUGAAAUCCCCCCCGGGCCCCCAUAUGGAGGGGGGGCCUAAAGAGUGCUUUUUACAUUAAAAAUAAAAAUUAUAUAUUAAGCAAAAUGCAGGGACUCCCCAAACUUUGAAAAAUUUCUAGCUACGCCCUUGGGUGUAGUCUAUACUAGCUAAUACGAGGAUUUCCCCUCCCCCCCCCCCCAGGCCAGUUCCUGGUGUAAGUUUAGCCUCAUUACGAGUCAUUUAUACUUUCAAAACAUUAAAUCUGAUUAGAUCCUUAGGACUAAUAAUAUACCAAACGAAAGAAAAAAUAUUCAUUUAUAUAAACAAGUAUACAUACAUAUGAUAAAGUCAGCUAGUCAUUACAAUAAAGAUUUAUUUUUUUUAAGGUAUAAAUAUACUUAGUUAAAAAAAAAUUAAAAUACUACUUGCAAGAUUAAUUUGCCGACCCUUGACUAUGGUUUGAUAAAAUGACAGGGUAUAUGAUCAUUGAGUUAUUUAAGCUGUCCAUUUGUUCGGUGAAAAUAUUUGUCGUUAAAGGCUUUGUUUUGCUGCGCAUAAUUAAUACACAUUUACCUAAUUUUAAGUCCCAAAAUAACAAUUUUGUUUAUUUUUUAUAAAUAAUUUAACACCUAAAUUUUGAUUACAGUAAUUUUAAAAUUAUAUUUAAAAAUAAUUUGAUGAUUUUUAGCCACUUUAAACAAAUAUUUGUUUGAUAGUUUCAUAUAUAAUGACAUUAGUAGCCUAGACUUUUAGAACUGUAUUUUUUAAACUAAUGUUGUUAUUGUUUUUUUCAAUUGUAUAUAAAUACAAGAUUAUUUUUUUUCUAUUUAUGCAGUGGUGAAGCUAGAAUAUUAAAGGUAUUUGGAGAGACUUUUCCCAAGAGUUUUUCCUAAGACUUUUUUAAAAAGUUGUACCAAACUCUAUACAUCAAUAUAUACAAAGACUUAUUCUUUCAUCAAAUCAGAGAUGGGGGAGGGAGGCUAGGCAAUGAAUGAUUAUGACUUCAAAUGUGGUUAAUGAGGCGGAUUUGAGCCCGAAACGUCUGGCUACUAGCUAAGUGUACUACCGUAGCUGGUGCUCCGAGAGCUGCGGGAAAAUGUGUCUACAGUGUCACGUGAGUUAUGAGGUACUUCGACAAACAACAGACUUUCUUAACAGGCCACUACGAGAGGCCUAGGCCUUCCUGCCUUGUCCUCAAUCGGAGUUCAUCCCUUGUGCCUUUAGUGAUAGGCGUAUCUUUUUGUUUCUGGAGUCUAGUUCUGCUUGUCUAGAGCGUUAGUCCUUACAACAAGGCUACGCUUACUAGUAGGUAUUGUCAAUGUUGAACGCCCAAAAGGGCACUUUGAGGGUGUUUUUGAAGCAUUUACCUUCCCCCACUGCUCGCUUUUCCCUUUUGCUGGCCUCUUAAGGAUGCUCGAUUCAACGUUCUGGAGGAGACGUGUCCAGCUUGCCGAAUUUGAAACCGCAUUCGACACACUUUGCGGAACUUCAGGAAACAAAAAUGUUCGCAAAUCUUAAAGUUCAGGGAUACAAAAAAGCUGUUAAUGGUCACCAAGAAAACACAAAUUUUGAAAAGUCAAUUUAAUUUAAAGAGAAAUAUCCUAAUCAACAAUAGCAUAGGGCCACGCAGCGGAUCGUGACUUAACACCAAUACACAAGAUGAAUCACUCUUACCUUAUUUACUUCAUUUCUACGCCGGUCCGUAGAGAAGACUAAUUAGACGAAUCGAAAACAAUAGUGGGUCAAUUAUACCAGGCUGUUAGACAUUGUGCAGACAUAAUUUAAAUGUUUUAAAUUUAAAUUCAAACGUUCAGGAUCUAACAAAUAGUAGAAGUUAGUUCCGUCUAGCAGAGAAGUGUUUAUUAAUGGCCUACAUUUUCAAAUACAAAUACUGUUUUGAUUUACGCUAUUAAACAUUGUCUCACCGCUAUAUAUAAUAACAUUAGAUAUUGGCAGGGCCGGAUUUAAGUAUGUAGAGGCCAGGGGCAGAGUUUUUGUGGAGGCCCCUACACUUUUUUUUUGAAAUAUCAACUUAUAAAUAAAAAUACCUACUAAUAUAUAAAAGCAUGCAAUAUUAUAAAAAAAUGUACUUGUAAAUUAAACUUAAUUUUCCUUUAAUUAAAUUAUUUAAUUUGCAUACUUUAGUAACAAAAAAUAUAAAUUUUUAGGGUUAACGCUAUGUAGUCCAUCCAGAGCUAUUGUUGUAUACCACGAGUACACUAUUAGCGGACACAGUUUAACCCCCGACAGUGUUGCCAACAGUAAAAUCUGUCCAAAUAUGGAAUUUUUUUUCUAUAUUGUGGGGACACCUUCCUUGUGGGGGCCCCUAGGGCAGUAGCCCCUCCUGCCAUCCCUCAAAUCCGGCCCUGGCUAUUGGUGUGUCUCACUAUUAGACCACUGGGCCGUGUUAAGACCUACACAGAUUUCUAAGUUCGCCACUACAUAUGAUGUCUGUCUUCUCUCACCACUACAGCAAACCAAUGGAACUUCCGCUUAAAGUUCGUCGCCAUGGCAACACCCUAACGCAUAAUUAUCAAUGUCUCCUUAAUUAUUACUAUUAAUUUUUUUUUAAAAUUUGUUUGCUUCCGGGUCUCUUGUUAUCAGGGUACACAACUGUAUUAUUAUUGCGUCAUUUUGAAUGUAUCAAUCACAUUUUACACACUAUAAGUCAUGCAUAAUGUUUGAAGUCGCUGUAAAUGCUUUGUGCGACACUGAGAGCCAUGAAUGCUGUGAAUUCACAUUUUUUUAUAGAACUAUAAUAUAAUCAGCGUGUUAUGAAGUUAUAUAAUAAGUCUAUUUCCAUUGUUUGCUUGCCCAAUGUUAUAUGUUUAUUGAUUUAUUUGUCUCACCAAGACAGUCACUGUAGAUUUACUUCAUGUUUCAGUCGUUUUGACAUCUUUUUGUAAAUAUUUUAGUUUGGAAACUACAUUUUUUUAAAAGUUCAACAUGUGAAAUAAAAAAAUUAGUCAUGUUUUUCAACACAACAAGCCAUCAAUAAGGUCAACACAAGGCGGACCUUUUUCAUUCAUUUAUUUUUUUUUUAAUUUAACAUGAAUGUACUUUUCCAUUGUGACGAAAAUCUAAAUAAAUUCACGUGUGUGUAUGUGUUCGGGCGUGUGUGUGUGUGGGGGGGGGAGCUCAAAUGGACACCGGAAGCAUUGAGAGGCCUAUGUCUGUGUGUGUGCAUGUAUGUAUGUUGGUAAUUAAUAAGCAAAUUUAUUGUUCCUGAUUAAAGAUGUGAUACAUACAGUCAAAUGAAAUGCCGCUAUCACGAACAGAUUGAAAUAGAAAAGGACAAUAUAUCAAUAAUAUUUUUCUUUUUUUUCCCCCUACAGCUGAAUGUACACGAUUUAGAGAUUUUUAAAAAUUUGAAUUCAAGGGUGUUAACACAAAGAAAUGGGACACAUUGUUUCAUACUUAUCAAUGAAGGAGAAUUGUUUUUUUUUUUUUUGUUGACAAUGUAUCAGUAAGGAUAUUAUCUUACUGACGUUAAGCUUUUAGUUUCUUGCACGGUCGUCUUGUGGGGAGGCACCUUCACUAGACUCUUGGACAGAUUGAACACAUUGACAUUUUGUAGUAUUUCUAAAUCUCUUUUUUUUAAUUUUAUUAAUGAGACAUAGAAAAAUAAAAGAAAAAGCAGAGUGUGAAAGAUCGCUGGAACUGAUUGUCUGAGAGAGAAUUAGAGAGAGAGGGUGAGAGAGUGUGGUGAGAGAGAGGGGUGAGAAAGAAAGAAAGAAAGAAAGGGAGAGAGAAAGAGAGAGAGGGUGACUAAGGAGGGAUAUGUCCUGUACAUUACUUUGACAUAGACUCAUUAGCGUUCCGUUUAAAGGAAAUAAUCCAUAGAGCCACAUUGUAGUCCUUUUUUUUUCUUUUUUUCCAAAAAAGUAUUUCAAGUUAAGGAAUAAAAUAAAAAUAUUUGGCUCUGAGCAGUCAAUGAAUCCGUUGGUUAUGCCUAACAUUAUUAUCUUUUUUUUAAUGACUGGCUCCCCUACCACCAAAGCGAAAGCCACCUUAACCUGCGAUAUAUGUGGACGGGAGUGUCUCUCCGAAAAAAGAGUUCCACAUUCACAUGAAAAAGUGUUCUUGUUCUACGAGACGAACCAUAGUCGUGACGACCGAAAGAGGCCAACUAGUCUAGUAGGCUUUUAUGAAACUAGUAAUGAUAAUAAAUAAAUUCUACAACAUUAAUUAAAAUAUUUUUGUCUCUGUUGUUGGAUCUUCACUAUUUGUACAAGUACAUUUUAAAUUUAAAUUGAUUAGUUUUUUUAGCCUCGUUCGGUCUAUAUGUAAUUCUGCAUUUUUGUUUGUUUGUUGUUGCGCCAAAUGGAGGGUCGAUGGUUUCAAGAAGAAGAGUUAAAAAAACAACAACAACUAAGAGAUAUAUUUCAAUGUAUUUAUUCAUAAGCCAAUUUAUUCAUAUAUUUGUAAUUAUUUCUUUUAGCAAUAAAAAUUAAAUACAAGGUGA